AAACAGUUCUAGCUUGAGUGCGAUCAGUUAGGAGGUUUAGGAGUGUUUUUCGACUCUUUUCUAGACGAUCUUUUCGGUUUAUUAGGGAGAACAUGGAGAAAUUCAAAAACGACAAAAAACUUCUGAUGUUAGUUCUUUUCCCGCUGUUCUUUACCCUUUGUGCCGCCACAGGAGGCUCUGUCUCGUACCAAUAUUUGACGCAGGAUGGCGUUGGUAGUUUUUCCUACACCCUCUCACACACAGCCCAUGGUGGGAAGCCGGACACGCUGAAACCCGUCCCACCACCAAUGCACGUCCCAAUUUUCAAACAAGGUGCCAAAGGACAAACGAUAAUUUCCAAACCUCUCCGGCUUUCGGCUUACACUAAUCAGGAGGAUUUUGUCCCGCUGGUCGUCGAUGCAGACGACGACGACAGCAUCCAACCAACGACAGUGUUUCCAACAAUAGGACCUCCAGCUGAACCCCCUGUCGAAACACCUGUUGACAUCCCAGUUGCGGCUCCAGAAAUGGAAGGUGACGAUAUGGCUGGUAAGCUUGCGGCCCAUCUUGAGUUCAAACGAUAUUUCCCUGCCUAUGAACACCGCUAUAUGCCCUCCAAAAUUGUUUCCGGUGGGACCUCAUCCUCCUCCCCAUCUUCAUCACCAGACACCGCUGGAAAGUCGCAACAUGCCAAAGCCACUUAUGCCGGCAUCGACGUGAAGCAGGUUCCCGGUUCGAAGAAGAGCAACGGAAACUCGAAGGCUAAGAAAACGAAAGCUGUGCACACAAAGCCCAAGAAGUCUUCUUCCUCCUCCACCACCGAAAGGUCCAAAAAACCACCGACUGGCGUCAGACCAGGAUCUUUACCCAGAAACGUCUCCCCGGUAUUCCCGGCAAUCCAACCGUCAGUGUUUCAACUGUUCCAACCCAUGCGCUAUGCACCAGCAGCACCAGCAGCCCUCCAUCACAACUGGUACCAACCGCGGUACGUCCAACCGAUGGUUCAUCCUGUCAGCCCUUGGCAUGGACCGGUGCACAUGCCGAUGCUCGUUAGCGGUGUUCCAACUUAUAUCCCGCAGCUACAGUUCGACCAAUCGGAGGCAAAAGAAGGCGGAAGCGAAGGACAGCAGCCGCAAGCCGAGUGGUACCAUCGUGAUCCGUAGGAUUUCUUCGUUUGCAGGAGGAAUUCAGGAGAAUCCUAGUCAAUUGCCAUAUAUUGUUCUGUUGUAAAUAUUGUUUUUGUUGCGUUUUAGAUGUUUUUAAUGUUGU